AUGACUAUCCCCGAAGAGGUCGAUAUCAUCAUCUGCGGCGGAGGCAGCUCGGGAUGCGUCCCUGCCGGCCGUCUCGCCAACCUCGACCAUAACCUGUCUGUGCUAUUGAUUGAGGCUGGCGAGAGUAAUCUGAAUAACCCAUGGGUCUACCGUCCCGGUAUCUACCCCGUCAACAUGAAGCUCGACUCCAAGACGGCCUCAUUCUACUACUCCCGGCCAUCUGAGCAUCUGGACGGGCGUCAGGCUGUUGUUCCCUGCGCGAACAUCUUGGGUGGUGGUAGCUCCAUUAAUUUCAUGAUGUACACCCGAGCUUCAGCCUCUGACUACGACGACUUCCAGGCCAAAGGCUGGACGACCGAGGAGCUGCUGCCUCUAAUGAAAAAACAUGAGACCUACCAGCGGGCCUGUAAUAACCCAGAGAUCCAUGGCUUUGAGGGACCCAUCAAGGUUUCAUUCGGCAACUAUACCUACCCGAUAGCGCAGGACUUCCUGCGCGCCGCUGAGUCCCAGGGCAUUCCUGUUACCGACGACCUCCAGGAUCUGAAGACUGGCCACGGAGCGGAGCACUGGCUGAAGUGGAUCAACCGCGAUACCGGAAGACGCAGCGAUGCAGCCCACGCCUAUGUGCACAGCACGCGUGCCAAAUACUCCAACUUGCAUUUGCAAUGCAACACCAAAGUCGACAAGGUCAUCAUCGAAGACGGCCGUGCCGUCGGAGUCGUCACCGUUCCAACCAAGCCCCUCGACGGCAAAGAGCCACCGCGUCGCAUCUUCCGAGCGCGCAAGCAGAUUAUCGUCAGCGGCGGUACCCUUUCUUCACCCUUGAUCCUGCAACGAUCCGGAAUUGGGGACUCGGAGAAGCUCCGCCGCGCGGGAGUCAAGCCCAUCGUGCACCUGCCCGGCGUUGGCCGCAACUUCCAGGACCACUACCUUACGUUCUCCACAUACAGAGCCAAGCCAGAUGUCGAGACGUUUGAUGACUUCCUUCGCGGAGACCCGAAGGUCCAGAAGAGAGUGUUCCAGGAGUGGAACAUCAAAGGAACCGGACCGUUAUCCACGAACGGUAUCGAGGCUGGUGUGAAGAUUCGACCAACUCAGAAAGAGCUCGAGGAGUUCAAGAAAUGGCCGACCCCUGAUUUUGUCGAUGGCUGGGAGACAUACUUUAAGAAUAAGCCGGAUAAGCCUGUUAUGCACUACUCUGUUAUUUCUGGCUGGUUCGGUGACCACAUGCUCAUGCCCCCCGGCAAGUUUUUCACUAUGUUCCAUUUCCUCGAGUAUCCCUUCUCCCGGGGCAGCACACACAUCACAAGCCCAGACCCCUACGCGGCCCCAGACUUCGACGCCGGCUUCAUGAACGACAAGCGUGACAUGGCCGCCAUGGUCUGGGGGUACAUCAAGUCGCGCGAGACAGCACGGCGCAUGUCCUCGUAUGCCGGCGAGGUGACAAGCAUGCACCCGCACUUUGCGUACGAUUCAAAGGCGCGCGCGGAGGACAUGGAUCUCGCGACGACGAAGGCAUAUGCGGGACCGAAUCAUCUUUCUGCGGGCAUUCAGCACGGCUCCUGGUCUCACCCACUAACCCCCGGUAAACAACCCAGCCCAACAACCCUCAGCUCCAACCGAUUCGAGGCCCGCAGCGAACUCGAGUAUUCUAAAGAAGACAUUGCACAUAUCGAGAAAUGGGGUACGCAAUCGUCCACUAUUCCUUCUAUUCCUCAUACUAACAUUGACGUCCCGGUUGUUCCAGUUCAACGCCACGUCGAAACAACCUGGCACUCUCUGGGCACAUGCAGCAUGGCCCCGCGCGAGGGAAACAACAUUGCGCCCCACGGCGGCGUCGUCGACGAGCGGCUGAACGUGCAUGGCGUUAAAGGACUGAAGGUCUGCGACUUGUCUAUCUGCCCCGAUAACGUGGGCUGCAAUACAUUUAGCACGGCGCUACUUAUUGGAGAGAAAUGCGCUGUCCUCACUGCUGAGGAUCUAGGGUAUAGUGGGGAUGCACUGAAGAUGGAGGUUCCAGAGUACCAUGCUCCUGGAGAGUUUUUGAAUCUUGCUAGGUUGUAG